UGGAUCUUGCUGAAGCUACCUCUGACCCAUUCUUUUCCUCAUGGAAAACCAGACUUCUUAGUCCCUGCCUGGAAUCACCUUACGCAUACCUGCUUGGACUUCAGUCUUUUUGCUUUAAAUCUUUGGAGCUGGUGUACCACAAAGACUCCUCUCUGAUGUUGCUGGGGAUGGACCUCAAGGGCUAUCCCUGCCUUUGCCUGAAUGUAUGGGGCUGGAGAACAGCACGAAGCAGAAAGGGCAAGUUUGAACAUAGCCGGAGGUCGAUAUAGCACCUGGCAGGACAGACUGCGCCUUGGCUUUCUCCAGUCAACUCAAGGCUAGACGCUGCCUCAGUUCUCCUCAGCUAGUUAUGGCUGCUUGUCCUUCUUGGUGCCACUGGAGCUUCAAGGAAGAAGAGGAUGGAACUUGAGACCUUACCUAACUUCAAAGCUGGUUUCAACUCAAGUGUGCCGGUCCAACAAAAGCCCCUGGGUCUGUUUGACUUGUUCAAGUGUCCACUGUGGAAGGUAUGUGAAUGGCCAUGCAAAAAAACAUUAUGAAGAUGCACAAAUACCCUUAACCAACCAUAAGAAAUCAGAAAAGCAGGAUAAAGCUCAGCACACAGUUUGUAUGGAUUGUAGUAGCUACAGUACAUUCUGUUAUCGCUGUGAUGAUUUUGUGGUUAAUGACACCAAGCUGGGACUGGUACAGAAAGUCAGAGAACACUUACAGAACUUGGAAAACUCAGCUUUCACAGCUGACAGGCACAGGAAAAGAAAACUUUUGGAAAAUUCGUCACUAAACAGCAAGUUAUUAAAAGUAAAUGGAAGCACCACUGCCAUUUGUGCCACAGGCCUUCGGAAUUUGGGGAACACAUGUUUCAUGAAUGCCAUCCUUCAGUCACUCAGUAACAUUGAGCAGUUUUGCUGUUAUUUCAAAGAAUUGCCUGCUGUGGAGUUAAGGAAUGGGAAAACAGCAGGAAGGCGAACAUACCACACCAGGAGCCAAGGGGAUAACAAUGUGUCUUUGGUGGAAGAAUUUAGAAAGACACUCUGUGCUUUAUGGCAAGGUAGCCAGACUGCUUUUAGCCCAGAAUCUUUAUUUUAUGUUGUUUGGAAGAUUAUGCCAAAUUUUAGGGGCUAUCAGCAACAGGAUGCCCAUGAAUUCAUGCGCUACCUUUUGGACCACCUGCACUUGGAACUCCAGGGCGGUUUCAAUGGUGUUUCCCUCUCAGCAAUUCUGCAGGAGAAUUCUACUCUAUCUGCAAGUAACAAAUGUUGCAUAAACGGAGCAUCUACAGUUGUCACGGCUAUAUUCGGAGGCAUCCUUCAAAAUGAGGUUAACUGCCUCAUAUGUGGAACAGAAUCUAGAAAGUUUGAUCCAUUCCUAGACCUUUCUUUAGAUAUUCCAAGUCAGUUCAGAAAUAAGCGCUCUAAGAAUCAAGAAAAUGGACCAGUUUGUUCAUUACGAGAUUGUCUUCGCAGUUUUACUGACUUAGAAGAACUUGAUGAAACAGAGUUAUAUAUGUGCCACAAAUGCAAAAAGAAACAAAAAUCCACUAAGAAGUUUUGGAUUCAGAAACUACCCAAGGUGCUGUGCUUACAUUUAAAAAGGUUUCAUUGGACAGCAUAUUUACGAAACAAAGUGGAUACAUAUGUAGAAUUUCCACUGAGAGGCCUAGACAUGAAAUGCUACUUAUUAGAGCCUGAAAACAGUGGCCCGGAACACUGUCUGUACGACCUCGCCGCUGUGGUAGUGCACCACGGUUCCGGGGUCGGUUCUGGACAUUACACAGCCUAUGCCACUCAUGCAGGUCGCUGGUUCCAUUUCAAUGACAGUACUGUAACACUGACUGAUGAAGACACCGUUGUCAAGGCAAAGGCCUACAUCCUUUUCUACGUGGAACGCCAGGCCAAAGCUGGAUCGGAUAAACUUUAAUACCUCCUCUCAAUCGUUAUUUGUCAACUAUACCGGACAAACAUUUCCAAUUUUCCAUAAAUACUUGAUCAAGAUUUAAUUUCAUUAUGCACUUUUCAGGUUUCUGUUUUGAAGUUAGUUUUAUGUCGUCAAUGGUAGUGACUUAUUGAACAUGAGCACCAACUAAUUUUUUUAGUUCUACCAGAAAACCUCAGCAGAUAUUUUGAUUUGCUGCUUUAGUUGUAAUUCAGUUUUUAAAUGUAGUUUCAAAAACUUAGUUUUACUUGACUUUUUUAUAUUAAUGUUUUCAGUUCUCACAAUGAGGCACAUUUACAUCAAUGCUUGUUACUCACAUGCUGAAAGCAAGAUAUGUUCCUGAUUGUGAAGAGCAAUGUAACUGCCUGCUGCCUUUCACAGCUGUACUGAAGAUCAAGUUGACUCUGAAUCAAGGAUCACGUUUCCCUGAAAUUUGUGGCCAACAAGAUUUCAGUGACUGCUCAAUAAUCGUUUUAUUGGCUUGUAAAUGAUAACUGAGAGGGCAUCACUGAGUAGACCAGGGGCUCACUGCUCUCGCUAGCUCUCAAAGCUGCUGUUUAUCAGCACUAAUGAAAUAAAUUUGCUCAUUUAGUUAUAUCUGGACUGCAUAU